ACUCCAUUUUUGCAAAUUAUUUGCACACCACCACCAUUUUGGCAGUCUCGGGCUGAAAUUGCCAACAUGAGGUGUACAAACCGAGGAAAAUACGCCGGCAAAGCUCCUAUUCGGAACCAACAACGACAACCAAUUAUCCGCUCUUUCCACCUCACCCAACCUAAUCAAAACUCCUUUCUGAGAAACAGAAAAAAGCAAAACCACAAAACCCAAAAACCACAAACCCCAGCUAUUUCAUUAUUCCCAUCUAAAACCCUUCCGCAUACAAUAAACAAAUCCAAUGGCUUCUUCAAUAUGGAUUUCCUCAAAAAAUCCAAUCUUUGACUCUUCUUCACUCUCUUUCACUUCUCAACUCCUCAAUUUCCCCAUUCCCAAUACUAACCUAACAAACGCAAAUUCCCCUUACCAAUUCUGGAAAUUGCCCUCAAUUCACUGCGGUAAUAUUCGUGGACUACGAGAAAGAAUCGAAACUGUAAAUAACACCCAGAAAGUAACAGAAGCAAUGAAACUAGUAGCAGCAGCCAAGAUUCGCAGAGCCCAAGAAGCAGUCAUUAGCAGCAGACCCUUUGCUGAAACGCUCGUUGAUAUGUUGUACAACAUAACCAAACAGGUUCAAUUUGAAGAUGAUGUUGAAAUUCCCUUAAUGAAUAUUAGGCCUGUAAAGAAAGUUGCACUUGUUAUUAUUACUGGUGAAAGAGGCCUUUGUGGGGGUUUUAAUAAUGGAAUACUAAAAAAAGCAGAGACACGUAUUCAAGAAUUGAAGAAUCUUGGUAUUGAAUGUAGUGUGAUUAGUGUUGGUAAAAAGGGUAAUGCUUAUUUUCGUCGAAGGAGGGAUAAGUUUUUUGUUGAUAGGUUUGUUGAAGGAGAGAGUUUUCCUACAACAAAAGAGGCUCAGGUUAUAGCUGAUGAUGUUUUUUCAUUGUUUGUGAGUGAAGAAGUUGAUAAAGUAGAGCUUUUGUAUACUAAAUUUGUUUCAUUGAUUAAAUCUGAUCCAGUAAUACAUACUUUGCUUCCAAUUUCGUCGAAAGGAGAGGUUCUUGAUGUGAAUGGGAAAAGUGUUGAUGUAGAUGAAGAUGAGUUCUUUAGGUUGACUACUAAGGAAGGGAAAUUGAUAGUUGAAAGGGAUCAUUUGAGGGUGAAAAGGGGAAGUUAUUUGUGUAAUUUAGAGUUUGAGCAAGAUCCUGCUCAGAUUCUUGAUGCUUUGAUGCCACUCUAUUUGAAUAGCCAGAUUUUGAGGGCACUUCAAGAGUCAUUUGCGAGUGAGCUUGCUGCUAGGAUGAAUGCAAUGAGUAAUGCCACGGAUAAUGCAGUUGAGUUAAAGAGGAACCUUUCGAUUGCUUAUAACCGGGAAAGGCAGGCGAAGAUCACUGGCGAGAUAUUGGAGAUUGUUGCUGGAGCAGAUGCACUUAUGUAGCUCCACUGAAUCUGGUAUCUGGAUUCCUCAUUGUUUCGUAAUUUGGAUAUCCUUAUUUCAUUUUCAUUGACUCCUUCUAUGAAGAGAACAAGCUCGUUAGAGGCUGAUGGUAUGAAAAGUGUCACACUAAGGAUUCUCUUGAACCAUAAAACGAGAUGAAUCUCUUCUUUCAUGAACGAUUAAGCUUUUUGACUCCCGUUUUCGCUCUGAAUGACUCCUUUCUCAAUUGACUGGAAGAAGAUUCUUCACUAGCAACAAGUAAUUCUCUCUUUUUCCCCUUUUCCAAGUUUUCUACUUUUACUUAGGGUGGUUUAGGCAAGCUUGUAAGUGUAGACAUGAAGGUCACAGAAGUUAGCAUAUGAGUUCCCAAGAGUGGUAAACUUUUACUGGCUGUAGGCAUAGAUGCAGAAAUUUCUUUGUGCAAGGAGUCGGUGCUCAAGUUUUGUCGGGGAGAUUGUUUGCUAAGGCUUUGUCCUCUACCAGAGUUCCGCACGUGAUUUGGUAGAUUGUGAUAUUUGGAAUUAAGAUCAUUCAGCUUAUGCUAUUGUUGGUGGAACUGUAUCUCAUUGCUUUGAGUCUGGAGAACUUCAGAUUGAUAAUCCUACUUUCCGUGAUGUAAAAAACAAUGGUUUUAACUGUUGCCUUAUUCGUUAUAUCGGAUUCCAUUCUCCUUUUGAUUAAAUCCUUUCCAGCCUGUCUUAAAGAAGAGUAGAUGCUGCAACUUUAUUUUUUCA